AUGCCAGAGGAAAAGGUUCUGAAGUGGAUGCUCGUGCAGUUUGCAGGUGUACCAUUGUAUAAAACAGAAUACAAUAGCAGUGUAGACGUAUGGCUGGACAAAUUUGAAAGGACCAAAGGACCUUUAACCAUCAUGAAGACGGAUGAGUUUAGAGAAAAGAGCGUCAGCCAGAUUGCAGAAGCACUCCGCAGCUACGUUUCUAAUAGCGGUUGCCAACAUCUAGUCAUAGACAAUCUACAGUUUCUUGUGAACCAGUCAGCAAUGACUAAUGACCAAUCUACUGGCUGGGAUCGAUUUUAUGCACAGGACCGUUUUGUUGGUUAUAUGCGUUCUUUAGCAACGCAGCACGGAGUUCAUGUAACAAUGGUGGUACAUCCAAGAAAGACCGAUACAGAUACUGACUUGGAUAUCCAGCAUUUUGGAGGCUCAGCGCGAGUUACACAAGAAGCAGAUAAUGUCUUCGCAUUGCAAAGACGACGUGAUGAACUAGACCGUAGGAAAUUCAGAAAAUUCUUGUAUAUAUUGAAAAACCGCUAUGGAGGAUGCAAAGUGGAGACAGAUCAAUUGGAGAUGGUUUUCCACUCCGAUAUUUAUACUCAUACAUUGAUUGACCAUUCAAUUAAGGUUUAG